AUGUUUCUUGUUUUGCAUGUUGUGGAAAAUUUCAGAAGACGAGUUAACAUAGUGUGGAGAAACUGCAAGCAGGAAGAUCCAAUAGUGUUUCAACAAAUCUUCAGUGAAUUUCCAAAAAGACUCCAGUACCUGCAAGUGAGGACAGCAAUCCAACUUGGAGAAACGGGGUGCAAAUCUGAAUAUCCCAACAGAGGAACGAAUCAGAGGACCACUAUCAACCACUUCGAAGGACAGCAUUCCCUAGAUUGGUUCAGGAUUAAGAAGAAAGAAAACCAAGAAAACGAAGACCCAAACAACCUAGAUUACCUGCAAGUGAGGACAGCAAUCCAACUUGGAGAAACGGGGUGCAAAUCUGAAUAUCCCAACAGAGGAACGAAUCAGAGGACCACUAUCAACCACUUCGGAGGACAGCAUUCCCUAGAUUGGUUCAGGAUUAAGAAGAAAGAAAACCAAGAAAACGAAGACCCAAACAACCUAGAUGUUCAAACUUCAAGUUCAACCUUCAAGUUCAACCUUCAAGUUCAAACUUCAAGUUCAACCUCCGAGUUCAACCUUCAAGUUCAAAAUCCAAAUUCAACCUUUGAUUUCAACCUUCAAGUUCAACCUUCAAGUUCAAACUUCAAGUUCAACCUUCAAGCUCAAACUGCAGGUUCAACCUUCAAGUUCAACCUUCAAGUUCAACCAACAAGUUCAAACUUCAAGUUGAACAUUCAAGUUGAACCUUCAAUCUCAACCUUCAAGUUCAAACUCCAAGUUCAACCUCCAAGUUCAACCUUCAAGUUCAAACUCCAAGUCCAACCAUUGAGUUCAACCUCCAAGUUUAACUUCGAGUUCAACCUUCAAGUUCAAACUGCAGGUUCAACCUUCAAGUUCAACCUUCAAGUUCAACCUCCAAGUUCAACCUUCGAGUUCGAACUCCAAAUUCAACCUUUGAGUUCAACCUUCAAGUUCAACCUUCAAGUUCAAACUUCAAGUUCAACCUCCAAGUUCAACCUUCAAGUUCAAACUCCAAAGUCAACCUUUGAGUUCAACCUUCAAGUCCAACCUCCAAGUUUAACUUCGAGUUCAACCUUCAAGUUCAAACUGCAGGUUCAACCUUCAAGUUCAACCUUCAAGUUCAAUCUACAAGUUCAAACUUCAAGUUCAACCUUCAAGUUCAACCUUCAAGUUCAAACUUCAAGUUCAACCUCCGAGUUCAACCUUCAAGUUCAAAAUCCAAAUUCAACCUUUGAUUUCAACCUUCAAGUUCAACCUUCAAGUUCAAACUUCAAGUUCAACCUUCAAGCUCAAACUGCAGGUUCAACCUUCAAGUUCAACCUUCAAGUUCAACCAACAAGUUCAAACUUCAAGUUGAACAUUCAAGUUGAACCUUCAAUCUCAACCUUCAAGUUCAAACUCCAAGUUCAACCUCCAAGUUCAACCUUCAAGUUCAAACUCCAAGUCCAACCAUUGAGUUCAACCUCCAAGUUUAACUUCGAGUUCAACCUUCAAGUUCAAACUGCAGGUUCAACCUUCAAGUUCAACCUUCAAGUUCAACCUCCAAGUUCAACCUUCGAGUUCGAACUCCAAAUUCAACCUUUGAGUUCAACCUUCAAGUUCAACCUUCAAGUUCAAACUUCAAGUUCAACCUCCAAGUUCAACCUUCAAGUUCAAACUCCAAAGUCAACCUUUGAGUUCAACCUUCAAGUCCAACCUCCAAGUUUAACUUCGAGUUCAACCUUCAAGUUCAAACUGCAGGUUCAACCUUCAAGUUCAACCUUCAAGUUCAAUCUACAAUUUAACUUCAAGUUCAACCUUCAAGCUCAAACUGCAGGUUCAACCUUCAAGUUCAACCUUCAAGUUCAACCAACAAGUUCAAACUUCAAGUUGAACAUUCAAGUUGAACCUUCAAUCUCAACCUUCAAGUUCAAACUCCAAGUUCAACCUCCAAGUUCAACCUUCAAGUUCAAACUCCAAGUCCAACCAUUGAGUUCAACCUCCAAGUUUAACUUCGAGUUCAACCUUCAAGUUCAAACUGCAGGUUCAACCUUCAAGUUCAACCUUCAAGUUCAACCUCCAAGUUCAACCUUCGAGUUCGAACUCCAAAUUCAACCUUUGAGUUCAACCUUCAAGUUCAACCUUCAAGUUCGAACUUCAAGUUCAACCUCCAAGUUCAACCUUCAAGUUCAAACUCCAAAUUCAACCUUUGAGUUCAACCUUCAAGUCCAACCUCCAAGUUCAACUUCGAGUUCAACCUUCAAGUUCAAACUGCAGGUUCAACCUUCAAGUUCAACCUUCAAGUUCAAUCUACAAUUGAACCUACAAGAUCAAACUUCAAGUUCAGACAUCAAGUUCAAACUUCAAGUUGAACCUUCAAGUUCAUCCUUCAAGUCCAACCUCACGUUCAAACUCCAAGUUAAACCCUCAAGUUCAACCUUCGAGUUCAACCUUCAAGUUCAAACUUCGAAUAGAACCUUCAAGUUGAACCUUCAAGUUCAACCUUCAAAUUCAACCUUCGAGUUCAAACUUCAAGUUCAACCUUCAAGUUCAACCUUCGAGUUCAAACUCCAAAUUCAACCUUUGAGUUCAACCUUCAAUUCAAUCUUCAAGUUCAACAUCGAGUUCAACAUUCAAGUCCAAACUCCAAGUUCAACCUUCAAGCUCAAACUUCGAGUUGAACCUUCAAGUUCAAAAUUCAAGUUGAACCUUCAAGUACAACCUUCGAGUACAACCUUCAAGUCUAAUUUCAAGUUCAAACUUCAAGUUCAAUCUUCGAGUUCGACCUUCAAGUUCGAACUCCAAGUUGAACCUUCAAGUUCAAACUUCAAGUUCAACCUUGAAGUUCAAACUUCAUGUUUAACCUUCAAGUUCAACCUUCAAAUUCAAACUUCAAGUUCAACCUCCAAGUUCAAACCUCAAGUUGAACCUUCAAGUUCAACCUCCAAGUCCAACCUUCAAGUUCAAACUCCAACUUCAACCUUCAAGUUCAACCUUCAAGUUCCAACUUCAAGUUCAACCUUCAAGUUCAACCUUCAAGUUCAAACUUCAGAUUCAACCUUCGAGUUCAACCUUCAAGUUCAACCUCCAAGUUCAACUUCAAGUUCAACCUUCAAGUUCAAACUGCAGGUUCAACCUUCAAGUUCAACCUUCAAGUUCAACCUACAAGUUCAUUCUUCAAGAUCUUCCUUCAAGUUCAAACUUCGAGUUGAACCUUCAAGUUCAACCUUCAAGGUCAAACAUCAAGUUCAACCUCCAAAUCAAACUUCAAGUUCAGACAUCAAGUUCAAACUUCAAAUUGAACCUUCAAGUUCAACCUUCAAGUUCAACCUCACGUUCGAACUCCAAGUUGAACCUUCAAGUACAACCUUCAAGUUCAACCUUCAAGUUCAACAUUCAAGUUCAACCUUCAAGUUGAACCUUCAAAUCAAACUUCAAGUUCAACCUCCAAGUUCGAACUUCAAGUUUAACCUUCAAGUUCAACCUCCAAGUCCAACCUUCAAGUUCAAACUUCAAGUUCAACCUGCAAGUUCAACCGUCAAGUUCAAACCUCAAGUUCAACCUUCAAGUUCAACCUUCAAGUUCAACCUUCAAGUUCAAACUUCAGAUUCAACCUUCGAGUUCAAUCUUCAAGUUCAACCUCCAAGUUCAACUUCAAGUUCAACCUUCAAGUUCAAACUGCAGGUUCAACCUUCAAGUUCAACCUUCGAAUUCAACCUACAAGUUCUUCCUUCAUUAUCUUCCUUCAAGUUCAAUCUUCGAGUUGAAACUCCAAGUUCAACCUUCAAGGUCAAACAUCAAGUUCAACCUCCAAGUUCAACCUUCGAGUUCAACCUUCAAGUUCAACCUUCAAGUUUUACCUUCAAGUUCAAACUUCAAGAUCAUCCUUCAAGUUCAAACUUCGAGUUGAACCUUAAAGUUCAACCUUCAAGUUCGAACUUCAAGUUCAACCUUCAAGCUCAAACUUCAAGUUGA